GAGCAGCAGUUGCUUUGCUUGUGCUCACUUGGAAUUCCCUGCUUCCACUCUGGAGAAGAUGGGCCGCAAGGAAGAUGAUGACAGCAGCUCCUGGAAAAAGCAGACAAGCAACAUCCGAAAAAACUUCAUUUUCAUGGAGGCCCUGGGAUCAGGUGCCUUUUCAGAAGUUUUCCUGGUGAAACAAAGAAGCACAGGCAAGCUCUUUGCUCUGAAGUGCAUCAAGAAGUCUCCUCUCACUAGGGACAGCAGCUUGGAGAAUGAAAUAGCAGUACUGAAAAAAAUAAAACACGAAAACAUUGUGACUCUGGAAGAUAUUUAUGAGAGCACAACUCACUUCUACCUGGUCAUGCAGCUGGUAUCCGGUGGAGAGUUAUUUGACCGAAUUCUGGAAAGAGGAGUUUACACUGAGAAAGAUGCAAGCGUGGUAAUCCACCAGGUCUUGACGGCUGUGAAGUACCUCCAUGAAAACGGAAUAGUUCACCGAGACCUAAAGCCCGAAAACCUCCUUUACCUCACUCCCGAGGAGAACUCCAAAAUCAUGAUCACAGACUUCGGCUUGUCCAAAAUGGAACAGAAUGGCAUCAUGUCCACUGCCUGUGGGACUCCAGGAUACGUCGCCCCAGAAGUCCUCACCCAGAAGCCAUACAGCAAGGCCGUGGACUGCUGGUCCAUUGGAGUCAUCACCUACAUCCUGCUGUGUGGGUAUCCUCCUUUCUAUGAGGAGACAGAAUCUAAGCUGUUUGAAAAGAUUAAGGAAGGCUACUAUGAGUUUGAAUCACCGUUUUGGGAUGAUAUCUCCGAGUCAGCCAAGGAUUUCAUCAAACAUUUACUGGAGAAAAACCCAAACACAAGAUUUACCUGUGAAGAAGCCCUGAGACACCCAUGGAUUAAUGGAAAUACAGCCCUUCACCGUGACAUAUACCCAUCUGUCAGUGCUCAGAUUCAGAAAAACUUCGCAAAGAGCAAAUGGAGGCAAGCCUUCAACGCUGCCGCCGUCGUGCACCACAUGAGGAAGCUCCACAUGAACGGCCACGCGGCGGCUGAAAACCCCCUGCCCACUGCACAAGUCUCCGACACAUCCAGACCUACCAGCCCCGGCAUCGCGGGCUCAGGGACGCCAGACCAAGGCAAGAGCGUAUCGGUGCCAAUGAUCGUAAAUAUUGUUAUUUCUCUUUCUCUUUUUUUCCCUCUUCCAAUUCUAUUUCCAACCAGUCCUUUCAACUCAGAAGUUCUUGUUCCAGUGAAAAACAGUAAACACUUUCACUGUGGCACGGGGCAAACUGGAGUUUGCUUGAUUAUGUGAU